AAAACUUGACACUUUGCAUGUCAUCUGUGGUUAAGAGUUCUUCGUUGCGCGAAACAAUGAGAUCCAAUUCAAUAUCGUAUCCAAUGAUCACUAUUCAGAGCGAUUGGGAUCAAGUCAUCAGACGACCCGUCGCUAAUGUCUGGUUGUCAUCGAAGUCUAUGUCCGAAGUGAGUGUCCAUCAGACCAUUCGCUUCAAUGACCGCCAAGUCGUGGACUGCGACCCCUUUCACAUCACCUUACCAUCAAAUUAUUACUUAAGACUCGAGAACAAAGACACGAAACAAUUGUAUGGCUUUAUAGCAGCCAAUCAUGUCUUCGCAGACAUUCACAACAAAUCUGUGUCGAGUAUAGACUUGACGAGUGGUGGUCUCGGAGUGUCUGUGGGCGCCGACAGUAGACUCAGAGUUUGGUCCUCAGCUGAUGGACAGACACGACGGGAACUAAUUGGUCACGUGUUUGAGCCCUAUUUCUGUCGGUUCUUCCCAUCGGGUGAAGUGAUACUUAGCGGUGGCGCUGAUAUGCAGCUGAAGAUCUGGUCGGCAGUCACCGGCGAGUGUGCGGCCACUCUGGUUGGCCACAGGAACGCAAUCCUCGACUCGGCGUUUGUAGAGCGCGGACGCAAUUUGGUGACCGUAUCGCGUGACGGCACCUCCAGGUUAUGGGAUUGCAGUACAAGUAGCUGUUUGGAGACUAUCAUCCAAUUGAGCGCCACUGCCAUCAAUACGUGUGCCAUACAAUCGAUGGCCAGUGACGUAGACCUCGGGGUUCGGCAUAAGCCUGUCCACGAGAAAGCUGUCGGAACCGCUCGUAAGAUGUUAGUCAUCGGCACUGAAAAGGGUAGUCUUAUUGGCAUUGGUUUGGAUAGCAAUCAAAAGUUAUAUGAAUUGCCCAACAAUUCAGCCGUAAAUGUGUGUCGUUUUGUGGAUGAAUACAGUGUAGUGUUUGGUCAACAAAGUGGUGAAAUACAGUUAAUUGAUGUGAGAUAUAGUGAUAAAGUUGUCAAAUGUUGGCAAACGAGUGGUUCACCCGUUCUAUCACUUCUUGCGUUCAGACAUAAACAGAGGAAUGGAUUCUUCGCGGGUCGAGCGGACGGAUCCACUGUUUAUCACUAUUUAGACUCAGAUUCAGAAACUUUUCAGUUGAGUGGACCUGAUUUCGAGGCCAUCUAUGAUGUGGCCACUGAUGGCACUCAUGUGUUCACCGCCUGUAGAGAUCAUUGUAUCCGUAAAUAUGAUCUCAACGUUAUUACAAACUCUUAGACUAAUCACAAACAUUUCGUUCACACAAAUACACCACAAAUGUACUCAUUAUCUAAUACUGUAUUUAUACCAUUCUG